UUCCCGCGGGUUGAAAAAAUAUAAUAAGUUAUCAUAAAUGAUUAGUAAGACUAAUUACUUACAAUUGUUAACAAUGUUCUGAAACAUUUUAAGGUUUGGAAGUCUUUUUAAGUUUUAAUGAAAUCUAAGUAAAAUAACGAAAAACUGCACGAAGAAGAGUGCAUGUUUCUCAUACGGCUGCACCGUGGUUGACAGCAUAAUAUUAUUUGUGCGGGAGGCAGAAAGUGUAAGACCUGCUGCGUGUGGAAAUUGUUUUUCCAUUUACUGUAUUCGUUUCCGAUCAAUUUGGAUUAUCUUGAGACAGACCGAAGGAUAACCUGGACAUCGAGAUCAUGCCACGUUCCCUGGUGAACGUUUCCACCACCAGCUCACACGAAAACCAACCGCGGGAACCGUCUGUCUACGUAAUCUCCAGUGAUUCCGACGAUGAAGACGGAGGUGAAUACAUACGCAACUUGAAUCGCAAACGUCGCUCCUCUACACGCAGUGAUGAUGGAGACACUGUCAGUACUCCGGCGAAACGGCCACCUAAAAGAGUGCGCGGGGGAUCGCGUCAACUGGCGCAGCGAAAUACGCGUGGACGUCUGCUACAGGCGUCGACAUCCGCCCAGUCCGCGGAGGACGAGUCAUCAGCUGUUCAGCGUCCGCAGCGAGCACGGAAAGCUGUGGUGCACUAUUGCGAAGAAGCUAACGGCCACGAUGAGGUACCGCCGCCAGCCAAAGUGAAAAAAGACAACACUACGAAGGCUGUAACUGCAGCCAAUCCUCCGUCUGCAACGGAUGGAGCGCUCAGAUGCAUCUUAUGCGAGCGCACUGGGACCGACCGCAACUUGUAUUUUCGCAUGGAUUCCGAAAACGGGCUUAACGCACAUUAUCUCUGUAUGUUCACGGCGAGCAAUCUUCAUCAGACAGAAGAUCCUCGUUCCAAGGAGCCUGGUGUUAUAUGCGGUUUUAAAACGGAAAACGUUCGCAAGGAAUACAUACGUUCCCGGAAACUUUUUUGUAUUUACUGUAAAAAGCGUGGAGCUGCCGUGGGUUGUAGCAUCGCGAGAUGCAAAGCGACGUAUCAUUAUCCUUGUGGCGUGGAGAAUAAUUGCUUUUUCAGUUUCACGGGAUCAUUCGAGUCGUUUUGUCCUCGUCAUAUUCCUGUCCAGCAAUUUCCUCGUCCGAAAGACAUGAGCACUGUUAAUACGCAGUGCGUAAUUUGUUUGGAUGAACCCGAUCUGAAGGACAAAGUGAAUACGCUAAUUACUACUUGCUGCUACCGGGCAAUUCACCGAGAUUGCUUAGCGGGUUGCGCUGUAAAUUCUGGAAAGCAUCAUUUGAAAUGCCCAGCAUGUAAUGAAGUCAACGAUUUUCGCGAUUUUUGUGACAAGGUUGGAAUUCACGUGCCGAACGCCGAUGCGACAUGGUUAGCUGAAGAGUAUGCGCGGGAACAAGCGGAGGACGAGGCAGAAGCGGAGGAAGUGCGUUGUGCCGCUGGUGACCUAUGCCGAUGUCCCAAUGGACUGGCAUUCGAUGAGGAUAUUCAAGGGCGCGAUUGGAAUAUUGAGCGUUGCCAUCAGGGAUGUGGAAAGCUGAUGCAUGCUGGAUGCAUGACUCAGGUGGGAAAAACGGGAAAGAAUCGUCAUAACUACUGCAAGGAUUGUUACGAUUUGGAAUUAAAAAUUGCCGCACAACUCGGUCGAUCUGCUCUGGAUAAGGGUCGUCGCGAAGAGUCCAGUAGUCCGGAAAUUCCGGUGACACCGACUCGUUCUCGACGUGGCAAUCGCUUUUAGGUUCUACUUGUGCGCUUCUGUCCGUUCUGUGGACACUCACAAUCGCCUAGGCUGAUCUUUGCACUUUCUUUUCUUUAGCACUUAACGCGUUUAGCGGAGCUUUCCGCGAAACUUGAUCAGUUAUUGUAUUAUAUUUUUUGCUUCAAUUCCAGGAUUUUUUUCUCUUUAUUCUUGAUACUAUCCAGUGUCCACUUAGACUUAGUUAUAUUUUCGCUUCUGAGACAAAAUUUAUGUCAUCCGGUAAACUAGUGUUAUCUUGCGAGUUACACGGAAUGUUUGUGAAACCAACUUCAGUGUACGCUUUGUUGAUAAAAAAAUACAGUCGA